AUGACCGAUCACCACCAGAGCAAUGGCGACGUCGCCGCUGAACACUCUACUGCUCCAGUCGACUCUUCCCCGACCGGCGUCAAACGAAAGCGCCACGAGUCCGAAAAGACUCAACAACCGAAAACACAGGCACAGACACAGCUGUUCCUAGACCUUUGGGAGCUUCUGAAAUCGUCCGUCGCGUCCACUACCCACCAUCUGCCACAUAGCAUACUGACAACCAUGCCAGAANACGAUCCCGAACCCUCAGUCCUGCACCUGCCAUUGCCUAACGCGUCGCGACUCUCCCACACCAACGGCGAUUCUACCAAGCGCCCGAAGCUUGACCACGACGACCAACAAGACACUAUCGCCUCGCGCCUGCAGAACAACCUCUACCCAAGUCUCGAUGAAUUCGAGCACGACCUCGACCAUGCUCUCGAUACCCUUUUCGAGCCCCUCAAGGCCAAGGAUCCUACAAAGAACGCCCAACGUCCCGCCAACCAAGACGUUACUGCCAUGCAGACUCUCUCAGCAUUCCGCGCCCUCGUCAAAGACUGUCUGGAACACGAACGGCCCAAGGACGAGACCAUGCCUGUCAAGAAGGAGGACGAAGAUCCGCUUACAACAAACUCCACCAAGACUGUUUUGAGUCUGUACGGAAACGCUCCUCAACCGAGACAGCUCUUCUCCAGUCUACCGCUGUCGAACACGUCGAUACAAGGUCCUGGCCUGUCUGUCGAGGAACUCGGUCUACCCACUAUGCUUUCCGCCACCAAGGUCGUACCCCUGCCUCCUAGCGACGCCGCAGUCGCUCGAAAGGCCAACCCUACCUUUGCCGACGUCUUUCCUUCGCCUGCAUCCCUGCCGCCAUUAAAUCCUCCCAAGCCGACCAGGCAUUCGUCUUCCAAAUCCACUGCCAUUUCAUGGUCGUUCGGCGAACUUCCAAAAGCUUCGAGAAAAGGUGGAUACACACUGCAGCCCCUGACUGUGGGAACCUGGGUAGGCUACGGUGCUCAUGAAAUCAAAAAGUCCGCAUCUGCAAUCAAGCGCAGGCGGAGGGAGAGUCUUCUGAAUGGCCAGGAACAGCCAAAGCCUACCGAAGAAGCAUCUCCUGCCGAUAUCAUCGCCCAAGAGGCUGCCCUGUUCCGCGCCGCUUACUCCGGCUUCGCUCCGACCCAGGACAACUCGAAAGCUCUGGUGGCCAAAGAGACAAAGGACAUGGUUUGGUGGCACAGGAUGGGCCAGAGACGAUUCGAUGACCACUUCGUCCUUGAUCCUGCUCUGCAGGAAUCUCCCNUUACCAAUGAUGGCGAGGAAUCGACCAAGGAGGCUGCCGCUGAAAACGUCUUGAGCGCAGACGACCUCGAAGCCAUCCAAAUGGCCAUCAAAAACUUUGACGAGGAAUCUUUCAAGCCAAACAAACUCGAAGUUGUGUCCACCAUCAAUGAAGAAGAGCGCGAGGUGGAUCAAAUGCUUGUGGAAAUCUCCAACCUCCUGAAAGCUUUGUCUUCGCAUCAACGCAUCCGAAACUCCUACAUUCCCACAGGCUCGCGCAACCCAGCAAGUCCCAGUCCGUUACUGAGCGCUAUGGUCGGUACGGCAACUGCCCCAUCAGCUGAAGAGAACGAAACCUACAGAGCUCUGCGAUCACAAUUAGCCCAGCUGAUAUCCAAGCUUCCGCCUUAUGCCGUUGCCAAACUUGAUGGUGAAAAGUUUGCAGACUUGGCUGUCAAGAAGAACAUUGUCAUCCAGGGCAAAGAGUACCGUGGAACCAUGGAGGAGGACCAACUUACUCGUUUGAUUCGUUCCUCGGCUAUGCAGGCUGCUGCUGCUGCUCAGAAACCAGACUCGACAACACAGUAUGGACGCACACCAUCUGUUUCCAGUCGCUCUGCGCACACAUCAGCAAACUAUUACAACUCUAAGACCCCAGCCGCAAAUUACCGCGGUGCUGCACAAAGCUAUAAUGCACCUGCUACUGCUCCGCGUGCUGGGGCCGGCUAUCCCAACACUUACAACACCAGUAGUACUGGCCGCUCGAGCUUCAGCACGCAAUACUAUGGUCAGCAACGACCGACAUAUGCUUCAAACUACAGCACCCAAACCCCUCAACCCGUCAAUCCUGCUCGUACAGGUUAUAAUGUUCCUCAAACCACAUAUGCCCCUCGCACCACUGCAUCGACCUUUGCCAACGGCACUCCUACUGCCGCUGCCUACACGCCACAAAACUAUGGGCAAACACGACCUACUUAUGGUUCUGCCAGCACACCCGUACCACAGCAGACGUACCAAUCUCGUACGCAGAACCUUGCAGCCUCUCAACCACAACCUUCCUCUGGCCGCGCAACACCGACUUUCGCCCAACCUCCAAACCCAAACACUUCGUCAGCGGUCGGACCUUCUGGCUUUCACAGUACACUAACUCCUGAACAACAAAGGUUAAUGAUGGAGCGACAGCGCGCAGCACUAGCCAUGCAACCGCAAUCUGGACUGGCAGCGCAGACAGCACCAAUGGGAGGCAGUCCUGCAGCACCCCAAGCUGCCAUGCAACCUCCGAACCAGCAACCCAACGGAUCGCUUUAG